AUGCCACGCUCAAAAAGGAGAUUAGCAACUGAAAUGGGACCUGAUGAUGAUGAUAGGCAUUUUAGUAAAAGACUGAGAAAUACUGCUGCAAGUGGGCGAAGGUUUUCCAAGUCUGAAGAUACUUCAUCAUUCAAUCAAAAAAGAUGUAUGUCAUGGUUUCGGGAAUAUACUUCUCCAGAAGAUCCAGAACUCUUGGGUCCUGAGGGAAUGGAGAAAUUUUGUGAAGACAUAGGAGUAGAGCCAGAAAACGUUAUCAUGCUUGUACUUGCAUGGAAAAUGAAUGCUAGACAAAUGGGAUUUUUCACCCACCAAGAAUGGUUGAGAGGACUAACAGAUAUUCAAUGUGAUACAAUCUCGAAGAUACAAAAUAAAUUGGACUUUUUGAGAUCCAUGUUAAAUGAUCAGACCUCAUUUAAAAGUAUUUACCGAUAUGCUUAUGACUUCGCAAGAGAUAAAGAUCAAAGGAGUAUGGAUUUGGAAACAGCUAAGGCCAUGUUACAGUUACUUUUAGGCAAACAUUGGAAUUUAUUCAAUCAAUUUAGUUCUUUUCUUGAUCAUUCUAAGUACAAAGUUAUAAAUAAAGAUCAGUGGUGUAAUAUACUUGAAUUUUCACGCACAAUUAACAUGGAUCUUUCAAAUUAUGAUGUAGAUGGUGCUUGGCCUGUAAUGUUGGAUGAAUUUGUAGAAUGGUUAAAAAUCGCAAAAUGCAAUGAUCAUAUCAGGAGCUGA